UGCCCAUACGUCCUUUCUGGCGUGCAGUCGGAGACCUACGACCGCGACGCGUUGCAUGCCGUAGGGGCGCGCAACCACGUUAUCCUCAUGUGCCGGACCCGCUCCUUCCGCCUGCACUCCGCCGCGACCCGACCCCAACUCCUCUCAUCCGUGCUCCGGCCGCCGCCGCCGCGCCGCACCACAUUCUCGCCCGCCGCCUCCCGCUCGCUGGCGCUGCCCUCCCGUGCCCCCGCCGCCAUGGCCGCCGUCUCUUCCUCUCCCCUCGGCGCAUCUCAGAAGGCGCUGGAGAGCGUUGGCCGGUGCGAUUUGCUGAUUGUUGGGCCUGGCGUGCUUGGCCGGAUUGUGGCCGAGAGAUGGCAACAGGAGCAUCCAGGUUGCAGAAUUUUUGGUCAUACUGCAACUACAGAUCAUCACAGUGAAUUGACUCAACUUGGGAUCAUUCCCUCCUUGAAGGGGCCAGUUGUUCAGAAAGUUCCAUACGUUAUUUUCUGUGCCCCUCCAUACCGGACAGAUGAUUACCAAGAGGAUCUGAGGGUGGCAGCAUCAAACUGGAAUGGAGAAGGCUCUUUCCUAUUUACAUCGAGCACUGCUGUGUAUGAAUGCAGUGACAAUGGAUUGUGUAGGGAGGAUUCUCCUUGUGUGCCAAUUGGUAGGAGCCCUCGUACUGACGUCCUCCUAAAAGCUGAAAAUGUCGUCCUUGAGGCAGGAGGCUGUGUUCUACGGCUUGUAGGACUUUAUAAGAGGGAUAAAGGUCCUCAUGUUUUUUGGUUAUCGAAGGGAACUCUUGAUUCACGUCCAGAUCACAUACUCAAUCUGAUACACUAUGAAGAUGCUGCUUCCCUUGCAAUUGCCAUUAUGAAAAAGAGACCACGUGCUCGUGUUUUUGUUGGCUGUGACAAUCAGCCUCUGUCUAGGCAAGAAAUAAUGGACCUUGUUAACAGAAGUGCGAAAUUUGACACGAAGUUUCAAGGUUUCACAGGUACCUAUGGUCCAUUGGGGAAGAGUAUGGAAAACUCCAAAACUCGUGCUCAGAUUGGGUGGCAACCCAAUUAUCCAAGCUUCGCAGAAUUCCUUCAGCAAUUAGAUCAUACUGGCCGUUAAGUUGAACCUGUGCAUUGUGUGGAUUAAUGUUAUUAUAUAUUACAAAUUAUGGAUUAAUGUUAUUAUAUAUUACAAAUUAUAUUCAUAUAUUGAAAAUGUU